AUGGCAGACGCGGAGGACCGGUCGUCACCAGCAAUUCCCAGGACGGGCGAUUCUCCCAAGUCGACGCCUUCGCCUACGCAGAGUGCACACUCGAGGUCGUCGCCCGACACCAACAUGACGACGCCCGAACGCUCCCCUGAGGGCGACGACGAUGAUGACGAUAUCUGGGACACAUCGUCGGACCAUGACCAUGACCAUGGCCACUCGCACAACUCACACGCCGUAGGGCAAGGGUCUACAUCUGCAACCCAGACGCAACCGCAGCUCUCAACAGACGCAUCCUCUGUCCAUGACGAUCCGUCCCAUAGGGUACGCCGCGAGGUGAUCCUCAGCGACGUCCCCUCCCUGCGCCGCCAGCACAUGACGGACGGGUACCGCGAGGGCCUCUCGGUGGGGAAAGCGCGGGUCAUGCAGCGCGGCUUUGACGCGGGAUAUCCUUUGGGUGUCGAGGUUGGAUUGCGGGUGGGGACCGUGCUGGGGGUUUUGGAGGGUGUUGUCUCUGCUCUCAUGGCCGCCAAAACGAGGCCUCGGGCUAGUGGGGGGACGAUGGAAGGAGGGUCGAGUUCUGCUACGGGAACAACGACGACGACGAUAUCGACUACUUAUACGUCCCUACCAAGUGCUGGAGAAUCAUCACGCGGAGCCAUUGAUCGAGAUGAGCCCACUACCCAGGGAAGUACUUCCUCCAGCAGGAAAAGCGACGGUGAACUAUCAUUCAUCCAAAACCUGCACGCCCGCGCACAGCGAGAAUUGAAGAUCUCAGAAUUAAUGAAAGCGAUGGACGAUGAGAAGAUCGCGUCGAUUCCAGAUGCCAGCAUCAGUGUCAGCGCCGAAGCCGAAGUCGAUGUCGGCGUCGGCGUCGAAUAUGUUGGCAGUGAGGAUGUGAAGAACAAACAAGCCGAAAGACCACCUGCGUCCACUGUGCCCGCGGAGAUCGAGGCGGUGAUCGAAAAGUGGGAGCAGAUCGUGCUCGGCUCGCUGAAGGAGGACAGGAUCCGGGGAACGAGGAGCAAGGAAGACGCAACGCACUUAGAGGAGAAGGAUUGA